UGCAAAAUUUGGGCUGCAUCUCUCGUUCACUUCCAUCCAUAGAUUAUUUUCCAUUUUUAGAAAAGUUGGAAUGAAAAAAAAAAAAAACAAGAAAAAGCUGGUGUAGUUCGUCUAAGUAGUAUUUUAUGUUGUUCAGAAUGUCUCGUUUGUCACAGUUCUCUCAGCAAAGCGGUGAUGAAAGCCCGUACAUUUUGGUCGCUAAACUUGACAAUGCUCGCAAUAUGUCCAACAUUUUGAAGGCUGUGCACUUUAAAGAUAGUGCAACGUGCUUUGUGAGUUCCAAUGGUAUUAAAGUCACAGUGGAAAAUGCUAAGUGUGUUCAAGCCAAUGCUUUCAUCCAAUCUAACUUAUUUCAAGAAUAUACUUUCAAAGAAGAAAGUGCUACCUUUAGAAUAAAUCUCAAUGUCUUGAUGGAAUGUCUGAAUAUUUUUGGCUCUUCAAAAGACAGCGGAUGUUUCACUACUCUCAAGUUAUGUUACAAGGGAUAUGGAUUCCCAUUGGUGUUAAUGUUAGAGGAAGGGGGUGUGUUGACAGAUUGCAGCAUUCAAACUGAAGAACCAGAUGAGACUUUAGAUUUUGACUUUAGCAGUGCAAAUGUUCUCAAUAAGAUAAUUAUGAAGUCAGAGUGUCUGCGAGAAGCCUUUGAUGAGUUGGAUAUGACAAGUGAAGUUCUACAAAUUCUCAUGUCUCCUGAUAAUCCAUACUUUAGACUCUCUACAUUUGGAUAUGCUGGCAGCACACAUUCUGACUUUCCUAAAGAUUGCGACAUGGUGGAAUCAUUUGAAUGUGAACAGACACAAACAAACAGAUAUAAAAUCAACCUUUUAAAGCCAUCUACAAAGGCAUUGCAUUUAUCUUCCAAGAUAUCGAUUCGAAUGGAUGAUAGAGGUUUUCUCUCACUCCAGUACAUGAUAGUUAAUGAUGAUGGUCAAGUCUGCUUUGUUGAAUAUUUGUGCGCUCCAGAUGAAGAAAUGGAGGAUGACGAAGACGAAGUUGAGUCAAGUGUAAGAUGACAUUUUAAGUACUUCCAUAAACUAUCUUUGUAAAUAUUUUUUAUGUUGUUCUUUUGUAAAAGCUGUGUAUGAAUAAUAUUGAUAUAAUACAUACAAACUGGUAUACGGAGCAAAAAUCAAAAAUUACAAACAAAAACUUCUAGAUUCAUUUUAUCUACGGAAUAAUGGAAUUCUAUUCAGUGUUACCUUAGAUACUGGCAGCAUUUCCAAUGUGUUUAUUAAAAAGCUGUGAGCUCCUAAGAAUUUUUUUUCAAAGAUAUGAUGUCAUCUUGUUUAUUCACUAGGUUUUCAAGCCUAUUCAUUUUAUAUUUAAGUAAAAAAUUAAAAAUGAUGUCACAAAAUUCUUAAUGAGGUAUUUCAUCAAUUGACUGUGAUGUCGCAAAAUUCUUAA